AUCCGCAGCCGCCGCCCGCCGCCCGCCGUGGUCCCGCGGAGAGCGCGCUGCGCCGAGGUGGGAGCGCCGGGAGCAGCAGCGUAAGGCUCCUAGGAUGCCCAGGGGUGAGCUGUCCUGAGCUGCUGCAGUCUAGACACCUGCCUGUCCACGCACGCCCCGUGCAGCCCGCCAGCACACCCACCAUGGAGUCCAGAGGGAAGUCGACCAGCAGCCCCAAGGCCGACACCAAGGCUGCUGCUGAGGCCCGAGCCCCCACCGCUGCGGACGGGAAAGCCCCCUCGGCUAAGCCAGGGAAGAAGGAGGCCCAAGUGGAGAAGCAGGAGCCUCCAGCGGCCCCCACACUGCCACCUGCCAAGAAGACCCCGGCCAAGGCAGACCCUGCCCUCCUCAACAACCACAGCAACCUGAAGCCGGCCCCCGCAGCCCCCAGCAGCCCCGAUGCAGACCCCGAGCCCAAGGGCCCUGGGGAUGGGGCUGAGGAGGGCGAGGCCCCCAACGGGGGCCCAGGGGGCCAAGGCCCCUGCCCUUUCGAGAACUUGACCCCCCUGUUUGUGGCUGGGGGCAUGGCGGUGGCAGCUGCAGCCCUGAUUCUUGGUGUGGCCUUCCUGGUCCGAAAAAAAUGAUGGCUGGCGCCCAGGUGGGGGCACAGCCACUUCCUGUACAGACCUCGGGAAUCUAGUGCAUGCCAAGUUCACACACAGCUAUCUAUACAUACGUAAUGCAUAUACUCGUGUACCCCCCAUAUACACGCAGAGGAAGAGAGAGAGAGACAGGGCCCCUGCCAGCAGUGGAAGCCAAGCCCCCUCGG